GUCACUUCAUGGGCAACAACACAGUGAUUGAUGUUUUGAGGAGAGAAGGGUAUGAGGUAGAACACACUCCAUCUGGACAAGCCAUCAACAAUGGAGAAAAACCCCGCAAAACCUUGUUGACCUUUUCAUCGUCAUCACCGGCACACAGACCCUAUGUCACAUCCCAGGAGCUCCCACUGCUGUUGCACCGCCAGAAGGAGGAAGAGGAAGAGGAGGAGGAAGAGCUUCUGCCUCACCUGCUGCUCCCUGACGGCAUUGAUAUGUUGGAGAAGGUAGACAGGAAGUACAAAAAGAAGAAGAAGAAAAAGCAGCAGAAGAAGCAAAGACUUCGACAGUUUAACGACCUCUGGGUUCGACUUGAAGAAAGUGCUACCGACCCUCCUCCCCGGAUCCGCAUCAUUAAUGGCUAAAUCACACGAACCCCAGUCGAACCCCAGCCCCGAGGCCACAGACGGUCUAGUCACACCCAUGGAGACACCGGCAGCGCUCACCAGCUUUCCCAGUCUCUCUUCCUCUUGCUACUGACUUUGACUUUGCAUAUGAUAAGGCUGCACUGA